AUGUUCCGAACAGCCCUCCUCAGGUCCGCAAGGUCAGCCGUCCGCGCUGCACCCCGAUGCCAGGCCGCAAUGGCUCGCCCGGUCGCGCGAACCUCUUUCUUCCAGCCGAAGCAAGCUACUCCCUCGGUAUACUUCCAGGCCGUACGAUGCUAUGCCGCGAGCGCCGGUCUGUCACAAGACGAGGUCACUGGCAGGAUAAUGGAUCUGUUGAAGAACUUUGACAAGGUCCAAGACACCUCAAAGCUCAACGCUGAAUCGCACUUCCACAACGACCUCGGUCUUGACAGUCUCGAUACCGUAGAGGUGGUUAUGGCGAUUGAGGAGGAGUUCAGCAUCGAGAUCCCCGACAAGGAGGCCGACGCUAUCCACAGUGUCAAGCAAGCAGUGGACUACAUCCUGGCCCAGCCUGAUGCGCACUAA